CACUUUAUUCACUGUACAGCUAAGUUCAAAAUGUUUGCUACAUCUUUACAACAGUCAAACUACCGCAACGAAAUUGGCAAGGAAGAUUGGGAAAUUAAAGGGAUACCCUACCAGUAUGAAAUUACUGAUCAUGGCUAUGGCAAGGACGCUGUAAAAAUACUCUAUGUGCAUCGGGAUGGGCCGGUCCAUUCGAUUCAUGAGCUAGAAAUUGGAACGCAUUUGAAACUAUAUAGCAAGAAGGACUACUACCAAGGCAAUAACUCCGAUAUUGUGGCAACAGACUCUCAGAAGAACACUGUCUACCUGUUAGCCAAAAAGCAUGGUAUCGAGAGUCCCGAAAAAUUUGCUCUGCUGCUGUCAAGACACUUCCUCAAUAAGUACGCUCAUGUAGAGGGUGUUCAUGUCCAUGUUGAAGCCUAUCCCUGGCAGCGUGUCUGUCAGAAUGAAACCACAACAACUCUCAGCAACAAGGAGCGAACCAACAGCAACUUUAGCUCCUUCAACAAUCGGAAGUUGCACAAUCACGCCUUCAUCUUUACGCCGACGGAACAGCAUUACUGUGAUGUAGUUAUGCGUCGUCAUGAUCCCAAGCAGUCGGUCAUAAGUGGCAUCAAAAACCUACGCGUCCUUAAGACCACACAGUCGUCGUUUGUUAAUUUCGUGAACGACGAAUUCCGUUCGCUUCCAGACCAAUACGAACGGAUCUUUAGCACUGUCGUCGAUUGCUCUUGGGAAUACUCUGAGACUGACAUGCUGGAGUUUGGCGGCGCUUGGCAAACCGUGAAGAACAUUAUCCUGAAGAAUUUUGCCGGUGAUCCAAACGUUGGCACCUCGUCGCCCUCGGUCCAGCACACACUCUACCUCACCGAAAAAGAGGUGCUGGACGUGCUGCCCCAAGUCUCAGUUAUCUCGAUGACAAUGCCGAACAAGCAUUACUUUAACUUUGACACCAAACCUUUCCAGAAUAUAGUGCCCGGCGAUAACAAUGAAGUUUUCAUUCCCGUCGACAAACCUCAUGGCACAAUUUAUGCCCAACUGGCGCGUAAGCACAUAAAGAGCAAUCUUUAAACAAUAAUAUCAACCCUUCAUAAUUGGAAUUAUUCUAUUGCACAACAUAAUGAAUGGAGUUCUGAUUUAAUACUUUUUUGUCACAAUCACGGUAUGAUUAUAUGACUAAAAUUUGGUUUACAAUAUCUUUUAAUAUAAAAACACUCCUAUUUUACGUUUUAUUAAAUAAAUAAACAAAUUUUUAAAAUCUCA